AAAUCUGCUCAUCCAGAGGUCCCCUUUAGGAUGGAUGGGCUCCCUGGACCCUGCAUUCACUAUGUCCGGUCUCCCCGGACCCUGCAUUCACUAUGUCCGGUUUCCCCGGACCCUGCAUUCACUAUAUCCGGUCUCCCCGGACCCUGCAUUCACUAUAUCUGGUCUCCCCGGACCCUGCAUUCACUGUAUCCGGUCUCCCCGGACCCUGCAUUCACUAUAUCUGGUCUCCCCUGAUCCUGCAUUCACUAUAUCCGGUCUCCCCAGACCCUGCGUUCACUAUAUCCGGUCUCCCCAGACCCUGCAUUCACUAUAUCUGGUCUCCCCGGACCCUGCAUUCACUAUAUCUGGUCUCCCUGGACCCCGCAUUCACUAUAUCCGGUCUCCCCGGACCCUGCAUUCACUAUCUGGUCUCCCCGGACCCUGCAUUCACUAUAUCUGGUCUCCCCAGGCCCUGCAUUCACUAUAUACAGUCCCCCACAGAACAUGG